AGAAACAACAACACAACCUACUUUCGUCAUCAGAUGUAUUUCUGUUCCCACUGCAUUUUAUUUCGGUUUAAAUGCAGAAAUAUUUAUAAACCAAACAGAUAAAUUGCAAUUGUGGCCUCAAACCCCAGACCCGAAACACGUGCAAGUGCCCGAAAAGUGACGCCUCAGUGAAGCAACAGGCUGUCUCCGACAAUUUGGAGAGAGACGGACGUUGUGUGUGACGUGCAUUGACAUUGAAUCACAUUCGCGGUUUCUCUGCCAAGUGCCAAGUGAUAGAGAGAAAGCAAAAAUAAAACGAGGAAGCGUUGGUGGCCACAGCCAGCAGCAGCACCAAUACCUAUAGCACCCGUAUCAGCUGUUCUCUGUGCGUAAGGAAAAUUUAUUAUUAAUUGUGCCACCGGGCAGCAGUACGCAGCGCGUGUUCGACAACAUUCCCAGCAGGGUUCUCAGUGCAACAACAGCAGCGAGGGCAACUACAACUAACGAGAGCAGCCACAACUGGAAAUUGGAAUCGACAGAGAACUGCGAGCCCCAGACACAGCCAGAGCCCCAGCCCCAGCACUGCAUUUAAUCAAAACAUUUUGUGUUGUGUAAUCGCCCGGCAGCAACAGCGAAAAAAAAAACAGCAAAUAUGAGCAACGACGCCAGCAACGACGCCGCAAAAGCCCAGGAGGUGUUAGCCAAAGCGAAGAGCGCCCCCAAUGCCAUCAAAUUUCUGUUCGGAGGUCUCUCCGGCAUGGGCGCCACCAUGGUUGUCCAGCCCCUGGAUUUGGUGAAGACACGCAUGCAGAUAUCUGGGGCCGGUAGCGGCAAGAAGGAGUACCGCAACUCUUUCCACUGCAUCCAGCAGAUAGUCAGCCGGGAAGGACCCCUGAGUCUGUACAAGGGCAUUGGUGCUGCUUUGUUGCGUCAGGCCACCUACACCACCGGGCGUCUGGGCAUGUACACCUAUCUGAACGACCUGUACAAGGAUCGCUUCGACAGGAACCCCAAUGUGGUGGACAGCAUGGCCAUGGGUACCAUUGCUGGAGCUUGCGGCGCCUUCAUCGGCACCCCGGCCGAGGUGGCUCUGGUGCGUAUGACCUCCGACGGACGCCUGCCGAUUGCGGAGCGACGCAACUACACGAAUGUGGCCAAUGCGCUGACGAGGAUUACUCGCGAGGAGGGUCUGGCGGCGCUCUGGCGUGGCAGUCUGCCAACUGUGGGCAGGGCCAUGGUCGUGAACAUGACCCAGCUGGCCAGUUACUCGCAGUUCAAGACGUACUUCCACGAGGGACCGCUGCAGAUGGAACAGGGCAUCAAGUUACAUUUCUGCGCCAGCAUGCUGAGCGGUCUGUUGACCACCAUGACAUCCAUGCCGCUGGAUAUUGCCAAGACGCGUAUUCAGAACAUGAAGACUGUCGAUGGCAAACCGGAGUACCGCGGCACUACCGACGUCCUGCUCCGUGUGGCUCGCCAAGAGGGUGUCUUUGCCUUGUGGAAGGGCUUCACACCCUACUACUGCCGCCUGGGACCGCACACGGUCCUCACCUUCAUUCUGUUGGAGCAAAUGAACCAGGGCUACAACAAAUACAUUCUGGGUGCGGACACAAGCUCUGGAUUGUAGUGUUGCUUGUUAAACUUUGUUAAAGCUGAAAUAUUGUCCAGAUGAGCAGCCGCCCAGCUGGCAUCUGGUCGGUGAACGGAUUCCAAAACUAUCAAGCAACCCAGAAAUGAGGGCAUACGGGCAAUAUCCCCAGUAACGAACGAUUAUCCCGAUCGAUGAAUGUGUGUGCGUGCGAAUGCAUGUGCGUGUAUAUAAUGUUAAGGUUAAACCAAUGUAGGGCAUUUAAAUGUCGGCAAUUCCGGUGACAAUAUUACAUGAUUACGUCUAUAUAGUGUACAUAUAUAUAUCUCGAUGUUGAGACAGUUUUUCUCUAGCGCCUUAAAUUGAAAGUGUAUUCUCCAAUAAUAAAGCACAAAUUGAACAA